UUCACGGGUCGGAGCGACCUGGCGCCGUAGGACCUCGGGGGUGACCCAGGGAGCGGGGACAACGCCAGCGCCCCCACUCCUUCUGUGGGUAGUGGGCCGUGUGGACUGGCGACGGGAGGAACACGGGAUGGCAUAGGGCUGGGCUCUGGCUGCAGCGGACGGGCUCACCUGCCCAGGCCCCUUCUGGGCCGGGGCACUCUCCCCUCGCCCCGUCCCCGGUUUCCUGGCGACCUUGGGCCAGCCCCUGCCCUCGGUUCCAUCAUCCACUCUCCGGCCGGCCGUGGGCUAGCAAUUGGGCUUUUCCUGGGAAGCCGCCCUGAGAUCCUUGCCUGUUCCCGGGCCGGCACCUACUGACCAGCAGUUCUUGGGAGCGCCUGGUUUGUCCCGGUCUGCCUAGGGCCCCCUACAGCCACCCCAUUCCCUCUCAGCCCAGUGUGGGAUCCCAGUGUGGGAAGGACAUUGGCUCCUGCCUCCUUUCUCCCAGUUUCCCAAAGUCUUCUGGGGUUGUGGUGAGGGCCGAUAAGAUGCGUCUUGGCCUCAGCAGGGCAUUCUUGGCACAGCCCUUCCACCCACAGAGCCUCAGCAUCCCCCUUCAACCAGGGGUCUGAGGCGCUCCAGACUGAUCCGACAGGAGCUUGGAAAGGAGAUGGGACUGGGUGCUCCAAACCCAUGGAGAGCAGGUGGCCCAGUGGCUGCUGUUACAGAACAGGUGUAAUACCAAGUGGAGGGUGGAAGGUGGGCAGGGCUGCUGUGCCCCUCAUUCUGAGCAGUCCUGUUUCCAGGCAAGAGACUCGAUGGGUAAGGACUCCCCUGCUGUACUUGCCCCUGAUCAUCCCCAGCACCUCCCUUCCUCCUCCCUGAAUUUGGGGACUCCUGAACACCCCCAUACUGCCUUCAUCCUCAGGACCCCCAGUUCUGGGGUCCCACACUCUCUCUCACUCUAACCGCAGGGUUCCAGGGCCAGUGUUGGGUGUCAAGAGCAAGGCUGUCAAGACCUGUGUCCGCACAGCCACAGAACAGCCAGGGCCCGCCUGGGGAUUCCCAACCAUAGGUUUGGGCUGCCCGCUUUGCUGGGGUGCUUCCCUCAGGGCUGAGUCUGCCCACCAGCAUGUCUCCAGGCAGGACUCACCAGCUGGGCCCCACAGCAGGCACAUACAUGUACAGGCCACCCCCACCUGGAACACACCAGCCCCCACUUCUGCCAUGACGAUGACACAGCCAGGCACACCCUUCAGAUACACACUCACUCGCCAGGAGCUUGUGGGAGCCAGUACAGCCAUUCACACACCCAGACACCAUGUCGGCCCUAGAGGGGCCCACACCCACCUGUGCCCUGCUAGGCUGUCUGGGAAUGGCCACCCUUGGAGGCUCCGGCCUGACGGGCUGUCCGCCUGCAGUGUCCCUGGAAGGCUCCUGGGCCUGAGCGGAGCUCUGGGCCCCGGCAGGCAGGCCGGCCACUGCCAGUUUCUUGGGGCUCAACCUCGUACUCCCCAAACAGGAUUCCAGACCUCCCAUAGUGCAGCCAGAGUGGGUGUGGGAAAGUACUAGAUGGUUGUGCUGUGCCAGGGUCUGUGGCCCCUUCUCCUGAGUGGUCGUGGGGCGCCAAAGUGUCAACAUUUUCUAAGGGUCGCCUCUAACCUACACUGGCAGGUCUGGCUCCUCUGCCCGCCUCUGCCCACCUCUUCUUGCCUUACAAGCAAUACCUCCCGAGUUUACCUGCGCAGCCUUCUCAGCCUGGAGCACCUCCCCCUGCUCUUCCCGUGAUCUGCUGGACUCAGCUGCGCAGACCCUGACUCCCCCAUGACACCCUUUCUUUUCUGGCUUUGGGUUGUAAAUUCUCUUGAGAGCAGGGCCCAGGGUCUCAGAGUGUCCAGAGGCCCAGCAGGGGACCAGACCUGGAAGUGCAGCCAGAGGAUAUAUUUUGGGAGGAGUGAGGGAAGACCAGCAAUUUCCUCCUUGGGAACCAGGGCCACGUCCUUUGGUCUCAGGAAGCCCCAGGACCACACUGCUGGGUGGGCUUCCCCUAAAGAGAAGCUACUGCUCAGACUGGGGCUAGCCCAGUAACCCAGCUCUGGCCACCUGAGAACAUGGUGUGGCCGAGCCCCUCUGUACCCGGCCUGGUAGGAGCCCUCACUGGGGUGUGGGGAAAGGAAAACCAGUGAAGGGCAAGGUCUGGGUAAGGUCACAGAGCCUGGAGCCUAGCAGGGCUGGCCUGCCGGGGCAGGGUCUAGGAGGUGGGGACGCUGCCCUUGGAGCUCAUAUGUGGGCAGUGGGACUUGCCAGGGCCUUUAGAGGCCACCGUGUACCCCAGACCCUUGACUGGGAAGAGCAGAGAACAGGUGGGAAUCUGACCUAGUUGGGGAUACCGUUCUAGCCACUAAGCCCUGGUCAGGGUGGACCCAGGCCCCUCUGAUAGACACUCAUACCCAUGGGGAGGAGGCACGUGACCUUGGGCACCCUACCAUAAUCUUGGCACCUCUCUGGAAGAGUCUACCUCAGCGGGAGCGCACCCGUGUGGGGCUUCUUUGCACUGGAUCCUGUCUGUGUGGUGGGGACACCAACUGGCCAUGGUGAGCUAGAAAUUCCUGUAUGGAAUGAUGUGUGUUUUCAGUUGGUGCAAAAUAGAGACUCUUUAUUGUUUAGUAAGUGCAGGAGGGUAGGGGUCUCUUUCAAAAGAGGGUCCACAUGUAGGGGAAGCAAUCAGGGGGCCUUUUGUGAUGACAAGUGGGAGGUGGGUGCUGGUCUCACUGAGCCCAUGGGUGGGCAGAGGGCAAACUGAGGCUCAGUGUCCAGAGGUCUUGAGGACAUGGGAAGGGACAGGGGCUGCACUCACUGCCCACGCCCACCUUCUAGACCCUGUCCUUUGCUGGCUCUGGAGAGGAUUGGGCAGCAGCCCCUGGGGGUCCAGUCCCUGGAACUGGCCAGACCAGCUAUGCAGCCUUUGGCUGCUGGGGCCUUCCUGGAGGAGGUGACAGAGGAGAGCCCAGCCCAGCCAGAGAGUGAGCCCAAGGUGCUGGACCCCGAGGAGGACCUGCUGUGCAUAGCCAAGACCUUCUCCUACCUUCGGGAAUCUGGCUGGUAUUGGGGUUCCAUCACGGCCAGCGAAGCCCGGCAACACCUGCAGAAGAUGCCAGAGGGUACGUUCCUGGUACGCGACAGCACCCACCCCAGCUACCUGUUCACGCUGUCGGUCAAAACCACCCGUGGCCCCACCAAUGUGCGCAUCGAGUACGCCGACUCCAGCUUCCGCCUGGACUCUAACUGCCUGUCCAGGCCACGCAUCCUGGCUUUCCCUGACGUGGUCAGCCUCGUACAGCACUAUGUGGCCUCCUGCGCCGCUGACACCCGAAGUGACAGCCCUGAACCUGCGCCCAGCCCAGCCCUGCCGACCCCUAAGGAAGGUGCACCUGGAGCACCGGCACUGCCUGGCCCCAUGGCCGCUGUGCACCUGAAGCUGGUGCGGCCCUUCGUGCGCAGGAGCAGUGGCCGCAGCCUACAGCACCUGUGCCGACUCGCCAUCAACCGCCUGGUGGCCGACGUGGACUGUCUGCCACUGCCCCGGCGCAUGGCUGACUACCUCCGGCAGUACCCCUUCCAGCUCUGACCCGGCCGGGCCUCAGCCAGCCUUACCGUGGGGUGGCCCCGCCCAGCUGGACUCGGUUCCAUGAUCCCUCCUGCGGUCGCCCUACAGCCCAUGAGCAUCUGGCAUCUGGGCCAGGAAGAGUCAGGCCUGGGUGAGGGGUGGGGAGGUGCCACACAGCUCGGGGGCUCCACUAUGGGAGCUGUGUGUCAGGGGAGGGAGAUGGGCAGGACCCCGUCUCCCCCUGGGGCUGGGCCCAGGCUCCCCACCUGCCGCGGCCUUCUGGACUCUGCAGUUGGCCAGCCCUGGUUUCUCAGUCACAGGGUGGGGCAGGCCCCCUCCUUCUCACCGGCCUCUGUCUCCAGGAGGAUGGCGGCCAGAGGAACUGAACUUGACAGUGACAGUUCCCUGACGGCGGAGCAGGCAGGCUGGGUGACUGCAGUCCUACAUUAUUUAUUUAUUUAUUCUCCAUGGGUUGGUCUCUGCAUGAGCCUGCCCCGCCUCUCUGCGUCCUGCUUGCUCCGGAGACCCCAGCCUCACUGGUCUAUCUGGUGGGGGAGAGCCCCAAUCUGAGACGUGCUGCUGGACCCAAGGCAGUCCUGGAUGGCGUCGGGCGCCGACUCCCUCACCCGGGACUAUACCCAGUCUCUUCUGACCGCAGCCGUUUUGUGAAGGUGGGCGAACAGAGGCGAGGCGUCAGAGCUUCGCAGGGCGGAGCGUCCACACAGAGCUGGUCUCGCUGGGGCUCAGGCCUGGUGUGAGCGUGUGUGCUGGGCCAGCUUCCUGCCCAGGACGGGGCCUGCACAUGAGGGGGAGCAAGACACACAUCUGAGAAGAUUUUAUAAAAUUAUUAAGAUAACAAAACCCCAGUUUUUUUCUUCUACUGACUUCUCUAUAAUUACAAUAAAAUUGUACCUUUGUUUAUGGA